AUGCAGAGCACAGCCUUCACUUUCUCUCCUUCCCCUUCUCUUUCUCUCGUCAAACAGCGACGCCUAAUAACUAACCCUACUACUUAUUCGCUUCCUUCACGAUUCGAUCCAAUUCGCGCUUUCUCUUCUCCGAAACGGCACGAUCUCGACUCUAACAAUGUCGUUUUCCCUCGCCGAUCCUGGUCCUUGUCUUCUGAUUCUAACUCGUCUCUUUCGCGGCCAUGGAAUCCGUUGCCUCCCUUGGUCUCCCAGAGUAAAAUGGAGCGCUUUGAGGUGAAAGCAACGGCGGUUCCAGAGACUGCUGGCGAGGGAGAGGAGAAGAGUAGUUUGAUCAGGACUUUAGAGCUUGGUUUGUUGUUUGGCCUUUGGUAUAUUUUUAAUAUCUACUUCAAUAUUUACAACAAACAGGUAUUGAAGGUAUUCCCGAACCCAGUAACUGUUACUGCAGUUCAAUUUGCUGUUGGGACGGUAUUAGUUAUUUUUAUGUGGACUUUCAAUCUAUACAAAAAGCCGGAAAUUAGUGGUGCGCAGCUUGCAAUGAUUCUGCCAUUGGCAGUGGUUCACACGCUAGGGAAUCUUUUCACUAAUAUGAGUCUUGGAAAGGUGGCUGUUUCAUUCACUCACACUAUCAAAGCUAUGGAGCCCUUCUUCUCAGUUGUCCUCUCUGCAAUGUUUCUUGGGGAGUUGCCUACCCUCUGGGUGGUUGGUUCCCUUUUACCAAUUGUUGGUGGAGUGGCGCUUGCCUCAGUCACCGAGGCUUCUUUCAAUUGGGCUGGUUUUUGGAGUGCAAUGGCUUCUAAUUUGUCAAACCAAUCUCGUAAUGUCCUUAGCAAAAAGGUCAUGAUUAAGAAAGAGGAAUCUAUGGACAACAUUACUCUUUUCUCCAUCAUAACUAUCAUGUCAUUUAUCUUGUUAGCCCCUGUGACUCUCUUCAUGGAAGGUGUCAAGUUUACUCCAUUAUACCUCCAAUCUGCUGGAUUGAAUGUUAAACAGGUAUACAUCAGGUCUCUUCUUGCUGCGCUUUCCUUCCAUGCCUAUCAACAGGUUUCUUAUAUGAUAUUGCAAAGGGUAUCGCCUGUUACACACUCUGUUGGUAAUUGUGUGAAGCGUGUGGUUGUCAUCGUGAGCUCUGUCCUCUUCUUCAAGACCCCUGUUUCGGCUAUCAACUCAAUGGGUACUGGAAUUGCUCUUGCUGGAGUUUUUCUGUAUUCAAGAGUGAAGCGCAUUAAGCCAAAGCCAAAAACAGCUUAA